GUGGCAAUGGUGGCUGGAACCCUGCAGGCUGCCAAGUGGACCCAGAGUCCAAUGAAAACAAGACAGUUUGCUUAUGCAACCACCUCACGCACUUUGGGGUCCUAAUGGACCUUCAGAGAACCGUUACACAAAUAGACCCACAGAAUACCAAGGUCCUCACCUUUAUCACUUACAUAGGCUGUGGGAUAUCUGCUAUAUUUUCAGCUGCAACUCUUCUGACAUAUAUUGCAUUUGAGAAGUUGCGAAGAGAUUAUCCAUCCAAAAUCCUGAUGAAUUUGAGCACAGCUCUGCUCUUUCUUAAUCUGAUCUUCUUGCUUGAUGGUUGGAUUGCAUCAUUUGACAUAGAUGGCCUCUGCAUAGCUGUGGCUGCACUUUUGCACUUUUUUCUUCUGGCCACCUUUACGUGGAUGGGACUAGAAGCUGUUCAUAUGUACAUUGCUCUAGUGAAAGUGUUCAACACCUAUAUUCGGCGAUACAUACUGAAGUUUUGCAUCAUUGGCUGGGGUUUGCCAGCUCUGGUGAUAGCGAUUGUUUUAGCAAGUGCUAAUACAAAUGCAAGUCAUAUUUAUGGCAAAGAGUUAUAUGGCAAAGAUGUUAAUGGACAAGGAGGAGAUGACUUCUGCUGGAUCAAGAAUGAAGUUGUCUUUUAUGUGACUUGUGCUGGCUACUUUGGAAUCAUGUUUCUGAUGAACGUUGCCAUGUUUAUUGUUGUAAUGGUGCAGAUCUGUGGGAGAAAUGGGAAAAGAACUAAUCGGAGCCUGAAGGAGGAGAUCCUGAGGAACCUCCGUAGCGUAGUCAGCCUGACCUUCCUCUUGGGCAUGACAUGGGGCUUUGCCUUUUUUGCCUGGGGCCCCUUAACUCUUCCUUUCCUGUACCUCUUCUCCAUUUUCAAUUCAUUGCAAGGUUUAUUUAUAUUUGUAUUCCAUUGUGCUAUGAAAGAAAAUGUACAGAAACAAUGGAGGAGACAUCUCUGUUGUGGCAGAUUCCGACUGGCAGACAAUUCAGGUAAAAGCAAUACACAGCUCCCCUGCUUAGAUGCAGCAGUAGUCCAUAAAAGUCCAG